UCCAACACACAGCUUGUGAAGUUCAACUAUGUCAUUCCUCAGGACUGUUUUAAAUGACUCUGUUAUCAUUCAUCCUCCGGGCUUCUAUAUUACUGGAUUUCAGACAUUACCUUACAUCAGUGUCUAUGUCAUCUUUCUAACAUUUAUUUAUGUGGUUACAGUUCUGUUUAACAGUUUGGUGAUCUGUGUAAUUGCCUUUAAUCAUUGUUUACACACACCAAAGUUUUUUUCUGUGGGCAACCUCGCAGUAAUUGAUGUAAUCCUAAGCACAAGUAUUAUUUCCAACAUGAUAAAAAUUUAUCUAAUGAAGGAUAACUUUGUUCCAUUUAACAUGUGUUUUGUACAAAUGUAUGGUUAUUAUACCUUUGUGACUCUGGAGUCAUAUGCACUUGCUAUACUUGCCUAUGACAGGUUGAUCGCAAUAUGUUUCCCUCUGCAUCAGAACUCAAUCAACACACUGCGAAGCAUGUCUUAUAUUAUUGGUCUGAUUUGGUGUUUUACUCUGGGAAUCAUGGCAUUUGGAGCAGGUAUAAUGACUCGAUUGUCUUUUUGCAAUUCCCUCACAGUGUUCAGUUAUUUCUGUGACUAUUCAGCUAUGUUUAGAAUUGCCUGUAAUGAUUACACAAUGCAGUGGACUGUGGGCACUUCAAUUACUUUUUUGAUUCUUGUUGUACCCUUUACUUUUAUUUGUCUGUCUUAUGUCAGUAUCCUGGUGACCGUGUUCAGGAUGAAAUCUUUAGACAGUAAAGUUAAAGCUUUGGCUACUUGCGUUGAACAUAUCAUCCUUGUUGCUGUAUUUUACAUUCCUCUCAUUACCAUUUUUAAUAUUGCCUAUUAUCUGCAGUUGAUUGAUGAGGACCUGUCAUUGCUAAGCCUGUCUCUGGCUUCUUUCACCCCACCCUGUGUCAAUCCUAUUGUAUACUCUUUGAAAACCAAGGAGAUCAGAAACAGAGCCCUGGCACUGGUAAGAAAAACUAAAAUUAGCACAGAUCAACAUAAGAAAAGACCUUGGAGAGGUGUAACAACAUAAAUGUAGACAAGAAAUGCUUGUGUAAAGGGAAGAGCAGAAAAAAGUCAUUCAUUAUAGGAAAUCCACAGACCUGCCACCGGUCAUGAAAAAUAAAACUGCU